AUGCCCCCCAAGAAAGUAUCUACUUCUUCCACUCCCAUAAAAACCAGAAUGGCUCAAAAGACUCCUCGUUCUUCUUCUUCCUCCAUCGGAGCAAAGAUUGAAACCGUUACUCCAAGAAGAUCGAGCAGUAGUAGUAGUAGUCAAACCCCUUUGAUCACCACUCCACAACACUCCUCCUCCACAAAGAAGGAACGAUCCUCCUCUAAAGAACUCAAGGCAGAGCCUUCUUCGUCCUAUAAAGACUCCCGAAUCAAGAAGCCAUCUAAAACGACAAAGAGAGAAGCAUCAAGAAAAGAUGAUGAUGAUUUGGAGAAUCAAAAGAUCAAGGCGUCUUCCAUAAAGAGAUGUGCACGAAUGGUUGGAAUUACUCGCCUCGCAAAGGAUCAUUUGGAAGAAGCUAGGAAGUUGAUUGAUGAUAAUUUGGGUAUGGUAUUGAAAAGGGCAGCGAUUGUCACGGUACACAAGAGAAAGAAAACCAUCCAGCAUGAGGUGCUUGGAAAGGCUGUGGAAGAUUUGUGGGGCGUCAAGUUGUAUCCAUUGACAGAUAGGAAUGUAAAUUGGUCUUCUGCAGUGGAGGAUGAAGAUGAAGAUUUUUAUAUCAAAGAUGAGGACGAGGAGGAUGAUGCUGAACUCAUUGAGGAACUCUGA